AUGCAGCCCGACCGUGGCGGCCGGCCCCGAAGGGGAGGCGGCCGGCCCAACCGAAGACGGCCGGGCGGCAGGGAGAAGCCGGCGGAGAGCAGCAGCGAAGACAGCCACAGCCGAGGAGGCGGAGGACGCGGCAGGCGGGGAGUUCGCGGCAGAGCAGCCGCUUCGGCUCCCUCCGCGCCUCGCGGCUGUGAGUCGGCUACUGCUGAACAUGACUUACCAGAAAUGGGCAAAGAAGACCGGGGAAGUUAUUCAAAAAGAAAGCUAGUCUCCAACUGGCACCGUUAUGAAGAACGUGAGAAAGAAACACAAAAUGGCAGUGGUGAAUCUCAGCGUGGGACAGACUUUAGUGUACUGCUUAGCUCAGCAGGAGAUUCCUUUACCCAAUUCAGAUUCACUGAAGAAAAAGAGUGGAUUUCAGAAAACCUUGGCCCAAAGCAGUUGUCAGGCUUGUACGUUGACUGCCAGUCCUUGGUUCAAGCCCUUGAAGAACUGCCUCUGCACCUCAAACUCAACAUGGCUGCUGAACUGGUACAGGAUGCAACCCCAGUCACGCUUCCCCAGAUUAAGCUGCAAAGUCAUGACAUGGCCAAGAAAAGUGGUGAUCUAUUGCAACAGCAAAAGAGAGUUGGAUCACACUGUUAUCCCAAGGAAGAUUCUGCUGUUCCCUUGACUUUGUCAAAUAAAGAUGGAUCUGGAAUUUCUUCAGAGGCUCUUCAGAGAAAUCCUUCAAGUUUACAUCAAGUAAUAGAUGAUUUGGAUGAAGACCUUGAUCUGCUCCUGAAAUUAGAUGCCCCUAUUAAUCCUGAAAACAAUAUUGCUUUGGAAGUGGUAGCAGAUGGCCUGCCAUCUGGGGAUGAUUUGAUAAGGACUUUUGAAGAAACUGAUCACUUAGAACCAGAUAGAGCUGAAGAAAUUUGCUCAACAUCUCAACCGCCGGAAGCUACUUCCAAAAAUGUUACUGAAGAGCAACUUGAGGAUUGGUUAGAUAGCAUGAUCUCCUAAAAGCUAUAUUUUGUUUAUCAUACAAGUGUGUGAAAAAUAAUUUAAGAUGACAAUUCCUAAUUGUAAAAAAUGUUUACAAAUAUUUAAUCUGGUGACUGGCGGAACCUGAGGCUUAAAAACGCUAUUUGUGUAUUUGCAGUGUUCUGGAUUUCAUUGCCUUCAGAGAUGUAACAAUAUUAAUUUGAAGUUGUAAAUGUAUAAAAGCCUAUUUAGAGUCUGUGAAAUAAAAUAAAUUACAUUUGCAAGUGCAAUUAUAGUAUAUGUCUUGGUAUGACACAAAUAACACAAUGAAAUAUGACAUUGAGUUUUGUUUUGCAAAUUCUUUAUUGUAGUACAUAUUUUUAUUUGAAGAAAAAAUACAUUAACAUUGCAACUAAUCACUAGUUUAAUUCUGUUCAGUUGUAAGACAAAUUUUUAAACCAGCUGCAUGUAGUAAGCAGUUUUGUAACAAGUAUAUGACUAAAUUUCAUGUCAUACAAUAAGACCAGAAAGCAACACAGUCAUAUAACAAAAAUGUCAAUCUAAAAGACUAACAUUUAAAAAAAAGUAUUUUGCAUAGCUGAAUCUGGAAAGAGUUAAGGCACUUAGAUUUUAGAGACAAUAAAAUACUUGAAAAUUUUAAGCACUGAAUACU